AUGAGUCUCAAGAAGAAGUUGACAGCCGCAAAGACAGGCACAGUGAGCAUGAUGAAAAAGGUCUUAGUCUUAGAGAAAUUAUUUCAGUCAUUAAGUCAGAAGAAGUGUGAUGUUCUUCUUCAUAUAAGUGAUAGAGAAGAGAAGACAGAAGAAGAUAUUGAGAUGAAUGAGAGAGAAGAGAGUCAGAAGACUGCUGCAGAAGCAGCUGAUGAUGAAGAGCUAUCUGUGAGGAAAUAG